AUUUUCUAUUGGUACAAAGUACUUAUCUCAAGCUUCUUAACAUAACACCUCGACAUCACCAAGUUAAAGUCAUACACAUAACCAGGCAAUGCACAAUGACUAGCAUAGAUGAUCUCUUCAAAGCCUCAGGUGUUGGCAACAAGCGCAAGCUAGAGCCUCUUCGAGAUCCCAAUCAGAGAUACAAGUCUGCCCGUCUCACAUCUAACGGAAGCAGCAGUCGACACGCGCGCGUCGAUGACGAGCCUGUAGAAAACGAUGACGAUGUCGAGGCCGGGCCAGCUCCCCCACCAGAAGACGACGACGAGAACGCCGACUAUGGCCCCGACCUACCUCCCGACGACGACGACGAGGACGGGCGUUUCUUCGGCGGCGGCAUCACAGCCCAGGAAAACGACGUGCUAGACUACGUCGACGACCCGGACCCCAGCACAGCCGCCACCGACAAGUUCGACAGCGCCUGGCUGCGGCGCACCGCGCUCAACUUCGAGAAGCGGAUCAACAAGAACGCCGAGCUGCGCGCCAAGUUCGAGGACGACCCCCAAAAAUUCAUCGCGAGCGAGGCCGACCUCGACGCCGACAUCAAGGCCCUGUCCAUCCUGUCCGAGCACCCGGCGCUGUACCCGGAGUUCGCGAAGCUCGGGUGCGUGGCGAGCCUCGUCGGCCUGCUAGCGCACGAGAACACGGACAUCGCCAUCGACGCGGUCGAGAUCAUAAUGGAGCUGACGGACGAGGACGCCUCCGCCGACGAGGACGAGUGGAACGCGCUCGUCGACGCGUUGCUCGAGGCUGAUCUGCUGGGGCUGCUCGUCUCCAACUUCGAGAGGCUCGACGAAACGCAGGAGGUCGAUCAGAGCGGUGUCUACUACGCGCUCAGCGUUGUGGAGAAUCUGUGUAGCGGGCGAACGACGACGGCCGAGCAGGUGGCCGAGAACGAUAAGCUGCUUACGUGGCUGUUGCGACGGAUACAGGUGAAGGAGGCCGCUGUCAGCCAGAACAAGCAGUAUGCCGCCGAGGUCCUGGCGAUACUAGUACAGACAUCGGCGAAGAACCGGCGGAAACUAGCCAGCUUGGAUGCCGUGGACAUAAUGCUCCAGCUCGUCGCGGCCUACCGAAAACGCGACCCCGUAAAGAGGGGCGAGGAAGAAGAGUACAUGGAGAACCUCUUCGAGGCCCUGACCUGUCUCGCGGACGAGCCCGACGGCAAGGCCAAGUUCGUGGAAGCCGAGGGCGUCGAGCUGUGCCUCAUUAUGCUGAAAGAGGGCAAGAUGAGCAAGCCCGCCGCCCUGCGCCUCCUCGACCACGCCGCCGGCGGCGCCGGCGCGUCCGGCACCGCGGUCUGCCAGCGGAUCGUCGAGGCCGGCGGCUUGAAGAACAUAUUCACGCUCUUCAUGAAGAAGAGCAACGACAGCCAGACCACCGAGCACCUCAUCGGCAUCUUCGGCUCCAUGCUACGCCUGCUACCAGCCGACUCCGCAGAGCGCAUCCGCACCCUCGCCAAGUUCGUCGAGAAGGACUACGAGAAGAUAGGAAAGCUGGUCCGGCUGCGCAGGGACUACGCGGCGCGCGUGGGCUCCGCAGACGACGCGAUCCGCGCCCAGCAGAAGGGCAUGAGCGCCGAGGAGAAGGAGGAACAGGCAGACGCGUGGUUCUCCCGCAGACUCGACGCCGGCCUGUUCUGUCUGCAGACGCUGGACGUCGUGCUCGCGUGGCUGGUGGCGGAGGACGGCGGCGCGAGGAAGACGAUACAGGCUUUACUCGCCGAGCGCGACGAGGGGUUUGGUGUCAUACGGAGCACGAUACAGGAGCAGAUUGAUGGGAUUGAUGUGGAGGAUGCGGAGGGCGGGGAUACGAGGGACAUGCUGUCGACGCUGGUGCAGUUCUUGCAGUAGAUAGAUAAAUAAUACCUUACUUACGUACCUACAUGUAGGUAACUAGGUAGGGAGACGAGGGAAUAGUAGCGUAUGUACCUCUGUAUAGUAAGAACACUGAAUCAGGA